GGAAGUACUUUUGUGGAGGAAGGCAGUUACAAGAAGGGUCACAGUACCCACGGGGGUCAUCACGUUCAUAAACUAAACGAAUUCAAUAAGAAAGUUGAAUUCUGGGACGAAGAUCAUGAUGAAGCAUUCAAAGAGAAGCACGGAGGCUACGAAAACUCCCAUGGACACAAGGCCGGUGGAAAAUUCAAAAAGGGUCACUCAGACGCAGGUCACCACGAAGAAGGUUUCGGAAAACACGGCGGCAAAGAAGCAGGAAGUCAUUACAACGAAGAUGCCGGACGCAAACAUGUUGGAGGUCUCGAAGAACAUUUCGAACAUGGAGAGAAUUACGGAAAGAAAGAUGAAGGAGCUGAACAAAAGAAAUGGCUUAUAGGGAAUACUCCACAUAAGGGAAUUAUUUGAUGACGUUAUCAUAUGAAGAAAUCAAUGAGGUAACAGUUGAAGCUAAAAGAUAAGCGAAACCCACAAGUUGACUUUAGCUG